AUGAAUUUAUGGCGUCAUCCAUUUGUCGAAAACCUUCGACAGUAUCAGUGCCGAGGUAUAGAAAGUCCGCAGAUUGUUUCACAUCGAGGGUUACUCUUUCUGCGACUGCUGGAUAAUGUGAGACCAUCUAGCUAG